AUCGACGCUAUGAUCCGAUACGACAAACUGCAUCUGGUGAAGCAGGGCGUGCGCUAGCCGUGUACCUCAUCCUCGCGCCCGCGCCUCAUCCCUCCUCCAAGACUCUCCGCACCGGAUAUCCCCAAGACCGGAGCACCAUCGCCACUGUCCCGCCUCCUCGUCCGCUCCAAGUUUCUUGUCGUCGUCAAAUUGACCCAUCGGAAUGGUGACCGGCCCUCCGAAGACGAAGAAGCUCCGACCGACUGGGCCCAGUAUAGCCGGAGAUACGCGCUGCCCAUGCGGGGCGAUAUCGUCACCUUCCCGCCGGAUCUCCCUCAAGUCUACAUGCCAAUCCGAGAGUGGGCGAGUGUGCAUGUUUACACGUCCAGUCCUGCCUAACUCGCGGCAACGUACUUGGCCCUCUGUCCUCCAACAUGAACCUGCCAAUCAGCGGAAGUACCAUAGCCGCUUGCUCGUCCAGGUCUCCGACGUUGCCGCGAUCGUCCGAAGAACCACGAUCAAGGACAUGACCUACUCAGGACGUCAUCAGCGGCGCCGGUGCACCCAUAGCUUCGAUUCGGCGAUCCCUCUCCGUCCCCCUCCCGCUCUCUCUUCGUCGACACUCACACCCUACCCGUAGGAUCUGAGUUUCGCAUCAUCUUCAAAUCCUCCCUCGUUCUCCCUUGGUCUUUCAUGGCUGGUCUGAGCAGGUGCUACUUCCACCAGUACGUUGAACGUGGCAUCGAGGGGCACGGGACGAGCAUGCUCCGUCGACGAUGACCUUGUGAGUUUUGGCACCGCGAGUAUCGAUGCGAUGGACCACGAGGGGCGCGGUCCAGCCCGAAUCUGGAACGGCCGGGGGUCGGAACGGGAAGCGGGAGGGGAUCGUGAACAGACUUCAUGUCCUCGCUGGUCGACUCCUCGGGCAGAACGGGUGCCUGAACAAUCCCUCCGGAGCGUGCCGCGUCACGUCGAAGUCAGGCUAAGGCAAUUUAUUCCCGCUACUGUGCGAUACAGAACCGGGCAUGCUGAAGAUAUCAUGAUCUUUCAACCUUAGCAACGGUACAACAGAUAUGAUUGAACGGUGCACAUGGGUUCAUAGCCGUGCGUGAGCCCAUUUAUUGUUGAACAUGUAUCAUAGUUUACACCUGUCCAACACGUCUGACUUGAGUACCUUUCAACCCGCACAGCUGGGUAAAGUACGAGGUACCCAUUACGACAACGUUCGCAAUACCUGAACGCAAUGCCCUGUCGCAUGCCAGACUUGACGCGAAUGCGUCCGACGCCCGCAGUUGAAACGCGGCUUCAGUCACAGCAGAUGCGUCCGCAGCCCGGCCGGCCGUCAUCGGGCUUCUGCAGGGGGGUACGGCAGCGAGCCCGCAUCGUACGCUAGAUUGACCUGCGGAGUGGUGGACGGGAGUGGCUGGAACAACUUGCGUUGGGAGUGCUGUUGCUUCCAUUCGCACAGCGCCCGCCAUGCAAGGGUCCUUAUCCUGUCGACGACGCCGGCGCCGUAGCUUCAAGAAGGCUCUUCCACCAGUUUACGCGCUGUUAACGAAGGCCAGCUAGCGUACGUUCUAUGAUAGAACCCCAAGUUGGUCUGCGUCGAUAAAAGCCAAUUUGAGGACCAGCGUGACGUGCCAUGCAAGAGCGACACUCACCGUCCGGAUUGUUUUCCUUCGACCAGGAUGCAUCUACCCUUGCAUCAUAAUUAACGCCAUCCGACAGGGUUGGUUGAACGUUCCGCACCCCUCCAACACAUGCCCGUUUGCUUUGCACAGUUCGAGGAUCGCAACUAGGGGAGGCAGCUGGCCUUCGUGGAUAUCAAUGCC